CCGUGAAUUUCUGCGGUGGCGUUUUUAUGUGGCCCCACAGCCCUUCGGCUCAGCGCCCUCCAACCAUCGCGUCCUCUCCGCGCGGUGGACGAGCCGAGCCGUGGGGUGGGCUGUCGCCUCAAAGAGCGACAGUGGGUGCUGCCAACCCCUCCGAACUGCUCGCUCGAGGAUUCGGGAUCGGAUCCCCACGCUCGGCCCCGUGGGCAUCGCCCCGCGGGCAUCGCCUCGCCUCCCGCCCCGCUGGCCUCGCGGCCCUGAGCAGCCGCCGACCGCGCGGUCCAUGCCUCCAGGAGAGCCCGCUGCACGCCAGCCUCCAGCAUGUCCCAGCUCUCCUCCACCCUGAAGCGAUACGUCGACUCGUCCCGCUAUGCGGAGACCACCUACAGCAAAGCGCCCAGCGGCUACAGCUCCUACACCUCCUACGGAUCCACCUUGACCACAUCCUACGCAGACCCUGACAAGAUCGGCUUCAAAGCCAGCUACCUGGCCUCCCCCCGGUACCACCACGCAGGGCUGUACACCAGUGGCUACGACAGCGGCCGGCUGCCCCUGUACCCCGACUCCAGCAUCCGCCUGAGCCCCACGUACAUCCGCACCCAGGCUCGGCCGUCCGGCGUUGGGCUGAGCGGGGGCACAUGCUACACCUUCGCGGGAACCCCCAGCAGCCCCUCGGGCUACUUGCCCACCUCAGCACCCCUCAGCCGUCGCAAAUCCAUCAGCCACUCGGACUUGGCACGGGAGUUUUCGGGGCUGCACGCCUCGGAUAGUGGCUACGCGCCCACACCCAACGCCCCGAGCCGUCAGGAUGCCGGUGCCCUGCAGGGGCUCUACCAAGCCGCUGCACAUUCCGACUACGUCCGUGGCUACCUGGAGGGCUACGGGAGGAAAAGCAGCCACGACACCCUCGUCACGGCUCCCCUCAGCCCCUCACAGAGCACCCUGGGCUCUGCCCUGCCGCCCUCGGGCACGCGCUGCGCCAGCCAGCCCUGUGAGAGGAGCGACAGCUACUGCGACGCGCCCGCCCGCCACCCCACGAGCUCCAAGGCGGUGCAGGGGCUGACCGGCUUGCGGAACCUUGGCAACACGUGCUUCAUGAACUCCAUCCUGCAGUGCCUGAGCAACACCAAGGAGCUGCGGGAUUUCUGCCUGCAGAACCAGUACCUGCGGGACCUCAACAACAACAGCCGCAUGCGCACCGCGCUCAUGUCAGAGUUUGCAAAGCUGAUUCAGCUACUCUGGACCUCAUCCCCCAACGAGAGCGUGAGCCCCUCGGAGUUCAAGAUGCAGAUCCAGAGAUACGCCCCCCGCUUCGUAGGCUACAACCAGCAGGACGCACAGGAGUUCCUGCGGUUCCUCCUCGAUGGGCUGCACAGCGAGGUGAACCGUGUGCUGGUGCGGCCACGGGCCAGCACAGACACCCUGGACCACCUCCCUGAUGACGAGAAGAGCCGCCAGAUGUGGAGGAGGUACCAGGAGAGGGAGGACAGCCGCAUUAGCGACCUCUUUGUGGGGCAGCUGAAGAGUUCACUGACCUGCAGCGAGUGUGGCUACUGCUCCACAGCCUUCGACCCCUUCUGGGACCUGUCCCUUCCCAUCCCCAAGAAAAGCUACGGGGAGGUGACGCUCAUGGACUGCCUACGGCUCUUCACCAAAGAGGAUGUGUUGGAUGGGGACGAGAAACCGACGUGUUGUCGCUGCAAAGCCAGGACAAGGUGCACAAAAAAAUUCAGCAUCCAGAAGUUCCCCAAGAUCCUGGUGCUUCACCUGAAGCGCUUCUCAGAGGCCAGAAUACGAACGAGCAAGCUCACCACCUUCGUCAACUUCCAGCUGAAGGACUUGGACCUCCGGGAGUUUGCCUCGCAGAGCUGCAACCACGCCAUUUACAACCUCUACGCUGUCUCCAACCAUUCGGGCACCACCAUGGGGGGACACUACACUGCCUACUGCAAGAACCCCGUCUCCAGCGAGUGGCACAGUUUCAACGACUCCCGUGUAACCCCGAUGUCAUCCAGCCACGUCCGCAGUAGCGAUGCCUACCUGCUCUUCUACGAGCUGGCGAGCCCGUCCUCCCGCAUGUAGCCAGCCCUGCCUCCCUGGGCAUCCCCGUGCCACCCCUCCAAGCCUGCUCCCCCAGGUGCAAGAGGGAGCUGAAGAGGAGAAGACCCUACGGCGGCUGCAGCGGGAGGCAGCCAGGAGCAGACCCCAGGCAAGGACAGC